UAGUCGCGAUAACAGCCGUUGUUUACGUCGACCGUUGUUGUUGAAUUUUCGUCGUUUUAUCGGUGUGUAUACAAAUACACACACGUGCUCUUUUUUUCUGUUCUGCUCGCUCUUUUUGGACGUUUCGUGUGCUCUCAGGACUGCGAUGUGCGUGUAUUUAUUGUGAACUGUGUUUUAAAACUUCCAGGUGACAAUGCAGCAUACAACCAAUUCUCCCCAGCAGUUUUGUCUUCGUUGGAACAAUUAUCAAUCCAACUUGACCAACGUCUUCGAUCAAUUACUUCAAAGUGAAUCGUUUGUGGAUGUUACGUUGGCCUGCGAUGGACAUUCCGUCAAAGCCCACAAAAUGGUAUUGUCGGCUUGCAGCCCUUAUUUCCAAUCGUUAUUUUUCGAGAAUCCCUGUCAACAUCCCAUCGUUAUAAUGAGGGAUAUUAAAUGGCCGGAAUUGAAGGCCGCUGUCGAAUUUAUGUACAAGGGUGAAAUUAAUGUUUCGCAAGAACAGAUUGGUCCUCUACUGAAAGUAGCGGAAUCAUUAAAAAUUCGUGGUCUCGCCGAUGUAAAUGGCGAACAAGACGUUGUAGCUCCCGCAGGGGAACUCACCACCAGACCAUCUUCGAUCAAACCAUCGCCUACAACAUCUAUAAAUAGACCACCGAUAGAUUGGGAUAAUAGGCCGCAGGAUUUGGAAAGUGACGUUUCUAGAGCAAAAAGAAGACGCAGACCAUCAGGUGAACGAAGCAGCCUGAGUAGCCCAGCUGAAAGUGCGAGCGCUGAAGUACCGGAACCUCCACCAUCAGUGGAGAUGUCACCGGCACCUUCAGCCGCGACUCCGUUACCGACGCCUUCAGCGUCGUCCGCCGCUUCUGCCGCCGCCGCCGCCGCCGCCGAACCACUACAACUUACUUUGCCGCUUCCACCUCAACCAACUUCUUCGGCAGUCGAUGAUAUGGAGAUCAAGCCAGGCAUAGCAGAGAUGAUACGCGAGGAGGAAAGGGUAAGAGAAGAUUUUAAUGGUUGUAAACAGUUCCCAACUAAUGUUAAGCACGAAUCAAAUUCAAGAAAUGUUUUUUCGGAAAAUAAUCCGGCAAAGUUAUUGGAAUCCUCGCAUGCUUGGCUUGGUGCUUCCACAUCAUCUAUCGCCGAUAGUUACCAAUACCAGUUGCAAUCCAUGUGGCAAAAAUGCUGGAAUACCAAUCAAAGUCUUGUACAUAAUUUGCGCUUCCGUGAACGAGGACCAUUGAAGUCGUGGAGACCUGAAACGAUGGCAGAAGCCAUAUUUUCCGUGCUUAAAGAAGGAUUAUCGCUAUCGCAAGCAGCUAGAAAGUACGACAUCCCAUAUCCCACAUUUGUUCUGUAUGCUAAUCGAGUACAUAAUAUGUUAGGACCUUCCGCUGAUGGUGGAUCAGAUUUAAGACCGAAAGGUAGAGGACGACCCCAACGAAUAUUGUUAGGAGUUUGGCCCGAUGAACACAUACGCGGAGUUAUCAGAGCUGUAGUUUUUAGAGAUUCACAUCAAAUCAAAGAAGAACCACAUAUGACAACAUAUCCUAGGUUACAUGAUGGUGUGACCAUUUCCAGCUACCCAAAUCAGAAUUCUUGUAGUAAUGGUUCUGAUCCUAACGUUUCGCCUGGAGCAGCAGCGGCAGCAGCUGUUGCGGCCGUAGCUCAAGGCUUGAGACAACAAAUGUGUAGCAUGGUAGCAGCAGCACAUAGUCAGAGUACGGCACAUGACACAAAUCCCGUAGCUAGUCUGGUUAAUUCACUUGCAUUGGCCGGUCAUUGUGGUAGCAUGUCAAUGCCUCCUAGUAACGGUGCUCCACCGAUGAGUCUAAGUCAUUUAGCGUCGAUGAGAAAUAUGAGUAGUCCAGCAGGUAGCAUUCAAGAUUUGCGGAUAAGUCCUGCAGAAUCGGCAAUGGAAAGUCCUAUUUCAUCACCAUUGGGUUUAACGGUAUCCAGUUCGAUGGAACCAUCAAUUAAUAUGAAUAUAGGAAGUAAUAUGGACGUUGGUAUAGGUGUCUCCGGUAUGACAUAUAAACCAACUAGAUCAUUUACUUCACCUCGACCGGAAAAUCUCUUCCAAGAAGAUAUUGACGAUUUGGUCAAGCCAAUGCAUUCUUCCACAUCACAUCCUAAAGAUACUAUGACGACGAUCAAAAUGGAACCCUUAGCAGAAUGUCGGGGCGAAUGAAUCAACACAAUAUUACAAUUGUAAUGUGAUAAAUUAUUAUUAGUUCUGAAGGGACUUAAAGAACCCAUCGAUUUAUUUAUAUUGUUAAAAAAAUGAAAAUUUUAGUAUGUAGUAUAUUUUGGACAAUUUUAUAUAAUUUAUCUAGAAGCCAAAGUUUCGGCCAGUUUCUAUACAAAAAGACUGUUGUGUAUAUGUAUACUAUUGUUCUAAAUUCAAAAUUAGAAUAAAUUUAUUUUAAUACGUUGGAAUAAUCAUAGUACCCACUUUGUUAUGUUGUUUUUUGAUAAAUUUUUUAUUCGAAAUCGGCGAUAUGAUACACAUUUUUCAAAAUUAAUGAUUUUUUGAACCCUCUCGAUAUUUAUUUUGUUUAUGAAUUCGAUGUAUAUCCCUAGCUAUAUCAAAUAACACACGUUGCGUUAAAUACAAAUGGCACAUGCUGUGGUAUAAUAGUUUGCUUUAAUACACAUGUCACGAAUUACACUAGAACGCCAUCUGGAAUCUAAAUGUCAAAUAUCCAACCUAAAUAUUUUUUAGCUUCACUCAUUAUUCCACCAAUCACAGCACAGUGGAACAACGGUAGCUCUACCUUACAGCAGCAUUCCAUUUUACAAUUUUUUUCACAUAUUUUGACAUACUCAACAUAUGUUAUGCUUAUGUUGUAAUUUGAAGAUAGAAUGAUCUAGAAACUUUUUAUGUAGGUUGAUUUACUAAUUUAAGGUUUGGUGAAUCAAUUAAUGAUACUAAUUAAUCCACUUUUGAUAUUUAUCAGUUCCAGUCAUUCUGAAUGAAAAUGUAUUAACAAUUUAUUUUUACACAACUUAUUAUUAUUGAUUAUGUACAGAAAAUGAAUGAGAAAUAUAUCAUAUACAUCAACAAGCUAAACUGAUCACUUUAUAUAAUUUUUUCUUUGAGACUUGAGGACGUUUUCAUGUUACCCUACAUCUAUUUAAGAUGGCGUUAUACUAUAAUCGUACCACGUGAUCGCGUCGAGCGUCAUAAUUAAAUUUCGUCUACCUCACGCCCAACCGGAUUAUCUUAGCGAUACGUUCUACAAAGCAUCUUCUAAGAUUUAGGUUUAUCUUUAGCAAGAAUUAAUUAGUUUGAGAAGUAAUUCUUUUUCAUCCUAUAACUAGUUUUGGUAUAUCAUAACUCAUAAAAUUUCAGAAACAAAUAUUUUCUACAUCAAAACUCCAUGAUUUCUUAAGCUGGAGGUUCUGAAACUUCUUUUCUCAUUCAAAAUUUUGGUUUUGCUACCAUACUUUUUCCCAUGAUUGAACAAGAGAAAGUUCCUUCCUCCCCAAAAUAUCAGUAAGAACAAGGCUGGAGUCGGGAAACAAUGAAUUAGAGAUAGAGCCCUUAUUAGAGCUAGUUUUUGCUACGCUCUCAUUGGCUUAUAGCGUUCACAUGAGUUGACCAGAGGUACUCAUUGUUUUGAUAUUUGUUUAGUGCAAAUACACUGGUUUUAUUUUUCAAUGCCAAUACUUUACACUUUUCAUUAUCUCUCAUCAUCUAUCCUCAUUUUUUCCUGUAAAAAUACUAUAAACUAUACUACUACUAUAUGAAUUGUGUUAAAUCCAUGGUCUGUUUUGCUAGCUUUCCAACUAUUAUAUGAUAUAGCUGUGGUUUAUACAAAAUGAUAACUUGCAAUACAAUAGAUAGACAUACUUUUAAACAGUACUGUAUACUAUUGAGACAAUAUGAAAUCUCUUUCUCUAAAUAUAUCUGUAUCGAAAAACGUCCCUUUUAUUAAUAAUUUUCAAACCCUCCAACUUAUAUUACUGCUACUUUAUCUGGAUCUUUCAAUAUUUUCAGUUUCUACAUUUUAUUGUUUUUACAUAUUUCUUUGACAUAGAUUUGUUCAUACAUCUACCAAACUUUCAAUUCCUACUACUCAUUAAAUUUCUAAUAUUUUUUAUGAUCCCACAUUAAUAAUUUUAUUGAAUAACUUUCAUUCAAUCCAAAUACUUUUUGUUUUAUAAAUUUAUAAUAUUAUGAAUAAAUAAAUUUAUUUUUUUAAGACCAUAUCCAUCUACCAAUACUUUUAUUAGUCCUAUUCUUAAAUUAUUUUUUCUCUGUCAAAAAUAACCUAUUAGUUUUUUCUUAUUUUUUUAACUAUAUUAAAGAAUAUUGAAAGGUGUAUACUAGCAAUACUCAAAGAUUUUAUAACAUUCGUAAAUACCAUUUUUGUGGCAUCCAUCAAUACCAACGUGCCUUUUCAUAGUAAAAUCCUUAGUAAUCUUAUAAAAUUAAUUUUUGAAAAGUUGGGCUUGCACGAAUUUAAUGUUCAAUCUAAUUACAUGUUACUAUUUUCACUUAUAUUGUUUUCAAUUUAAUCAUUUUUUACCAAUUUCUUACAUUCAAGAUUAAUCAGUGUUUUGGUUAGGUUAGGUUAGGUAUCUCCAAUUCAGUUGAGUACACUUAAUAAAAUAGGGGUUCAAAAGUCGUUUCGAUUUCAUUUAUACGUAAAAUAUCAAAUUCGUAUUUAAUUAUUUGUUUUAUUAAACAGAAACUCAACCUUUUUAGAAUUCUUUCUAAUAUAAAAUUCGAAUAGCAAGAAAAAUAGAAUCAACAAAAUAAAGUGGAAUUUCUCUAAAUUACAUUAAUUGGGAAAGUAAUUUUAUCAAGACAUUCCCUCAUUCGCUUCACGACAAUCUGUUUUUUGGGAUUCAUGCACGAUGUUUAUUGUUCAUAUCCUAACAAAAAGAUUAAUAACCAUUACGUGUGCUUCAAGAUAACUACCAAAUCGACCUUGAUGUACUUUAAUGUUAAUUCAUAAGAUAUGAUCCAUUUCAUCUGUAUACACUGUUAAAAAUAAUAUGUAUAUUUAUUCUCAAGGACAGAUUUUUUACAUUUGAUUAUAUUUGGGUGUGUAACAAAAACUAAAUCAAAUUAUCAGUGCUAGAUAUUUUUAGAAAACUAGCCAAAUAACGAGUGUCGGUAAUGGUUUUAAGGUGCAUGUUGUUGCUCUUACGUUACUUAUCAUAGACACUUUGUGAUAUAUGAGGUAUGAAAAAUUAUAUCACCCACCAGUUAGGCAACACAUAAUACUACCACACGUUACAUAAAAAUUUAUUUCACUAGGCUCAAUCAUUAAGUUUGCUCUUGAUAGCUGCACUGGCAGAACUAGUUCAGGAAGUGUACACUAAAGCGUUCUUUGUAGCAGAACCAGCGCUAGUGUCGCUGUUCUUAGUAGCAUAAUAACCUCAAAUACAACAAACAACAAAUGCUCCACUGCUCUUGCACUACUCUGCACUAUGUCGUUCUUUGUAUCCGAUCGAACUAAUUCUAUACACUCAUGAACUGUACAGUUCCAGUGCAACUACCAAUUACUAAUUUCUAGUCGCCACAAAUGAGAAAAAGUAAAAAAAAAAAGUAUUAAUAUCAAUUUUGAUAAAGUAAUAUGAGAAAAGAUACAGUGAAAUAAAAGAUAUUUGUCUAAUUAUCAUUAUUUGUAUUUAGAUGUCAAUUAUUUUCUUUCAAUCUCAAAUUUUGGACGAAAAAAAAAGAAA